GAGGUGCUCGGUCUCCGUGUGCCGCCGGCUGUGCACCCGGGCGGGGGGGCCCAGCCUCUUGCCCGUCUUGUUCUCCGUAGGCUCAGCCACACUCCUCUGCCACUGUCCGUGCCCCCACUCCCACCCCCAGCCCCGCGAGCCUCGUUUUUCCGGGCGCAGCCCCAUCCCCCGGCCACAGCAGAGAGCUGGAUCAGAAGAGGAGCAGCCGGGACUCGAACCAGUGCCUAUAUGGGAUGCUAGUGCCACAGGUGGCGACUUUACCUGCAACGCCACAGUGCCAGCCCCAGGUUCAUUGUUCGUUAAAGGAGGGGCGCUGAGACGGGGCCAGCAUGACGAGCGAGGUGAUCGAAGACGAGAAGCAGUUCUACUCCAAGGCCGAGACGUACUGGAAGCAGAUCCCGCCCACGGUGGACGGCAUGCUCGGGGGGUACGGCCACAUCUCCAGCAUCGACAUCACCAGCUCCCGGAAGUUCCUGCAGAGGUUUCUCAGGGACGGCCCGAACAAGACGGGGACGUCCUACGCGCUGGACUGCGGCGCCGGCAUCGGGAGGAUCACCAAGCGGCUGCUCCUGCCGCUCUUCCGAGUGGUGGACAUGGUGGACGUGACGGAGGGCUUCCUGGCUGAAGCCAAGACCUACCUGGGCGAGGAGGGCAAGAGGGUGCGCAACUACUUCUGCUGCGGCCUGCAGGACUUCAGCCCCGCGCCCGGCUCCUACGACGUCAUCUGGAUCCAGUGGGUGAUAGGACACCUGACGGACGAGCACCUGGCCGAGUUCUUGCGGCGCUGUAAGCGGGGCCUGCGUCCCAACGGCAUCAUCGUCAUCAAGGACAACAUGGCCCAGGAGGGCGUGAUCCUGGACGACGUGGACAGCAGCGUGUGCCGCGCGCUGGCCGUGGUGCGUGCGCUGAUCCGCAGCGCGGGCCUCAGCCUCCUGGCCGAGGAGCGGCAGGAGAACCUGCCCGACGAGAUCUACCACGUCUACAGCCUGGCCCUGAGAUGAGGGCGCCGGGGCGGGGGCUUCGUGGCUGCUAAAUACACGCGUGUGCGUCCGCA